AUGGAAGCAGCCUUUCAGUCCGGGAUCGCAUCUGCCUCCCUGCAAGUUGUCCUUGAAAAAUUUGCAAAUUUUUCAUGUAAUCAAAUAGGCCUGAUAACUGAUGUCAAUAAUGAGCUCAGAAAACUGCAAAGAACUUUCUUGAAGAUCCAAGCCAUGAUUGAUCAUGUUGAGAAUAAUCGCGGGAGGUUCAACUACAGCAGCUCCAAGGCAUGGCAAGCUUGGCUCGAAGAUGUUAAGACACUUUCGUAUGAUGGAGAUGAUCUGCUUGAUGAAAUUUCAUUGUUGCUCUCAACGUGCAACAAUAAUGGCGAUUCAGUUCUUACAGCACCAAAAAAUCAGGUGCGUAACAAGCUAUUGUCAUCUCUUAAGCUGAGUGUACCUCAUAAGAUAGGUAGGAUACAGAAAGAUUUGGAAGAUAUUGCAAAAGAAAUGGAUGGCUUUUUCAUGAUUGAAUUGGCGAAUAUGGGUGCCGCCAAUCUAACAACUAGAUCGCUAAAUCAUAGUUAUUCUCGUAGUACUAGUUCGUUGGUUGAUGACCGUCUUGUAAUAGGAAGAGAGCAGGAAAAGGACGAGCUUAUCAAUUUGCUGUUGGCCGAGGAUUUUUCUAUAGANGAGCAGGAAAAGGACGAGCUUAUCAAUUUGCUGUUGGCCGAGGAUUUUUCUGUGAUUCCGAUUGUGGGUAUGGCUGGACUUGGCAAAACAACACUUGCUCAAGUUGUGUAUAAUGAUGACCGAAUUGCAGAUAAAUUUGUUUGGCGAAUAUGGGUUUCUGUAUUUGACUUUGACAUGACUACUGGAGUGAAAAUUAUGGGGAUUGGGAUGUUUUGUGUUCACCUUUUAGGGGUUGGAUACGAAGGAAGCAAAGUUAUGGUAACCACUCGGAGUUCAGUAGUUUCAUCGAUUGUUGGCACAACUCAGGCUUAUUAUUUGGACAGUUUGUCAAAUGAUUAUUGCUGGAAAUUAAUGAAACAAAGAGCACUGUCAAAUAAAAAUGUGGAUGAGAAAAUAAAGUUGGAAGAUUUAGGGAAGGAGAUAGCAAAGAAAUGCAAAGGGUUGCCACUUGCAGCUAAGGCACUUGGAGGCGUCUUACAUUUUAAAUCAACUGAAAAAGAGUGGGAUGAGCUUUUAAAAAGUGAGCUAUGGGACUUGCCAAUGUAUAAGAAUGAUAUUUUUCCAGCUUUGGCAUUGAGUUAUCAUCAUCUGCCGGCACAUUUGAAGAAAUGUUUUGCAUAUUGCUCGAUAUUCCCUCGGAAUUAUGAGUUUGAAAUGAAUGAUUGUAUCUUUCCAUGGCUGGCAGAAAAGUUUAUUCAACCAGAAGGGGAAAGAACAUUGGAAGACAUUGGCAGUGAUUAUUUCAAGGAUCUGUUGUGGAGGUCUUUCUUUCAACAUUCGCGAGUCAAUGUUUACAAUCAAUCAUUAUAUAAAAUGCAUGACCUCAUUCACAAUCUAGCACGGCAAGUUUCUCCAGAGGUAUGCUUUUGCUGGGAGGAUAAUAUGUUGAACAAGUAUCCCUCGUUAAGGAAUGCUCGCCAUUUAUCUUUGCAUUAUCGGAACAUGAAGCCAAAAGCAUUAAAGGUUUCCGAUGCUUAUGAGAGAGUGCGAACAUUCUUUGUGUCGUGUGAAAGUGGCAUUUUCCUUGGACAAGUUCCUUAUGAUCUAUUUCUGAAAUUGCCAUUCUUAAGAGUGUUGGACCUAAAUCGAAUUGGCAUUGAUGAGCUGCCAGAUUCCAUCGACCAAUUGAAAUAUCUUCGCUACCUCAACCUCUCUGGAAACGACAUCAAAAAGCUACCUGAAUCAAUCACUGACCUUCUUGAUUUGCAGAUAUUAAAGCUUAAGGAUUGUCGUGAAUUUCGUGCAUUGCCUAAAAAUUUGAAGAAUCUGACUAGGCUAAGACAUCUUGACUUGGAUAUAAAAGGCCUGUUGAGUUCCAUGCCGUCAGAAUAUGGAAGAUUAACUAAUCUUCAAAAUCUGCAAGCAAUUAUUGUUGGAAGAGAUGAAGGAUGUGGAAUUGGGCAGCUAAAGAACAUGACAUUCCUUAGGGGGUCAAUUUGCCUUACAAAGCUUGAAAAUGUGUUGACUGUAACAGAGGCUGAGGCAGCAAUGCUAAACAAGAAGUCAUUCCUAGAUAAGGUGGAGUUCGAAUGGAGCAACUCUGUUGCUAGCCCUCGUCACCAAGAAGUCCUUGCAGGGCUCCGACCUCAUACAAGUCUUCAAGAGUUGUCAAUUACAAAUUAUAGUGGAUUCAUGUUUCCUAGUUGGCUAAGUGAUCCUUCAUGCAAGCUUGAGAAAAUUCAUCUGCAAAGCUGCCGAUUUUGUUCAGUUCUCCCACCACUUGGGCAACUAAAGUUCCUCAAACUUCUUCACAUUGAAAAUCUUUCCCGCUUAGAAUAUGUGGAUCAUGGUUUCUGUGGAAUCGACCGGUUUCCCUCACUGGAGUCAUUAAAAUUUCAUGAUAUGCCAAUGUUGAACAGAUGGGCUGAUUUAGAGGCCGGUGAUAUGCCUCACCUCUCUAAUCUCACCAUUUGGGAUUGCCCGAGUCUAAUUGCGUUGCCACCACUUCACAAUCUCAACUCACUCCAACAUUUAGAAAUCGGCCGUUGUCCAGAGCUUGCGUCAUUUCCAGAAGAAGGGCUGCCAUUAUCCGUUAAUACUUUGAUCAUUACAGAAAGUCCCAUUCUAAAAGAACGAUGCAGAGUGGAAGAUGGGGAAGAUUGGCAUAAAAUUAAUACAAUCCCGAAGAUAGUGGUUGACAAUAUUGAAAUUUCGCGGCAAGCGUGA